AACCAAAGAGGAAGAGGAAGAACACGCAGCUAAUUGAUAAACCUCCAGCAGCCCAGCACAGUGUACCAGUAAUGACUGGUAACAUUACUGAUCAUGUGUGUUAGGGCACCAUAAGGAAGUGGAUGAGGCCCUGUGAUUAGCUGAUGGUUUCGUAUCCCCGCGGAUUUUGAUGCUUUCUUUUAUUCAUCUGUGCUCUUCUGCGCUGAGUGGAUUGUGAAUCAUGGAUUUUCCAGGACACUUCAAGCAACUCUUUCAGCAGCUAAACUACCAGAGGCUUCAUGGCCAACUUUGUGACUGUGUCAUUGUGGUGGGAAACAGACAUUUCAAAGCCCAUCGCUCUGUUCUGGCAGCUUGUAGCACACACUUCCGAGCUCUCUUUACUGUAGCAGAGGGUGAUCAAACUAUGAACAUGAUUCAGCUGGACAGUGAAGUGGUGACAGCAGAAGCUUUUGCUGCCCUGAUUGAUAUGAUGUACACUUCUACACUAAUGCUUGGUGAGAGCAAUGUAAUGGAUGUUUUGCUGGCUGCUUCUCACUUACAUUUGAACUCUGUUGUUAAAGUGUGUAAACACUACCUUACUACCAGGACAUUACCAAUGUCUCCACCUAGUGACAGUGUUCAGGAGCAAAAUGCACGUAUCCAAAGAACUUUCAUGCUUCAGCAGCUUGGGCUGAGCAUUGUGAGCUCUGCAUUAAAUUCCACUCAGAGCACAGAGGAACAACGAAAUACCAUGAGCUCAUCAAUGAGAAGUAACAUAGAACAACGUACUACCUUUCCUAUCCGGCGUCUCCACAAGCGUAAACAGUCUUCUGAUGAUCGAGCCAGACAGCGAAUCAAACCUACUGUAGAUGAGUCCAUUUCAGAUAUUACUCCAGAGAGUGGGCAGUCAGUAGUUCAUUCAAAAGAAGAUUUUUUUUCACCAGAUUCACUGAAAAAUGCAGACAAUUCUAAGGAUGAUGCUGUUACUGAUAAACAAGCGAAUAAUACUAUUAUGUUUGAUCAGUCUUUUGGUGCUCAAAAAGAUGUUCAAGUGUCUAGCCAGUCAGUCAACAGUGGAGGAAACAUUUCACAGAUAUCCAUCUCAUCUCAGGAAAUACAAGUGGAAACCAGUUUUGAUCAGGAAGCUACUUCUGAAAAAAACAACUUCUCAUGCAAAAAUCCAGAGGUCAGUCUAAAUGAAAAAAAACACACGGGGGUGGUGGUUAAAUCUGAGCCUUUGAGUUCCCCAGAGCCUCAAGAUGAAGUGAGUGAUGUCACUUCUCAAGCAGAAGGUAGUGAGUAUGUUGAAGCGGAAGGAGGAGCAGUGAGCACAGAGAAAAUAGAACUGAGUCCUGAAAGUAGUGAUCGUAGCUUUUCUGACCCACAGUCCAGUACUGAUAGAGUAGGAGACAUCCAUAUUGUGGAAGUGUCAAAUAACCUGGAACACAAGUCCACUUUCAGUAUAUCAAAUUUUUUUAAUAAAAGCAGAGGUGGUAACUUUGGUGCAAGUCAAAAUAGCAAUGAUAACAUUCUGAAUACAACAAGGGACUGCAGAAUGGACAGCGAUGCCUCUUACCUAUUGAGUCCAGAGUCUGAGCCUGCUAGUAGUCAUUCCUCUGUUACAGUUUGUCAUGUAGAGAAUUCAUUCAGUGAGUCUGCAGACUCUCAUUUUGUUAGACCAAUGCAGGAUCCAGUGGUUCUUCCAUGUGUACAGACUUCUGGGUACAGGGCUGCAGAACAAUUUGGUAUGGAUUUUCCAAGGUCAGGCUUGGGCCUGCACUCUUCAUCAAGGACAGCAAUGGGAUCUGUAAGAGGUGGAGCUAGUAGCUUUCCUGGCUAUCGUCGCAUAGCCCCCAAAAUGCCUGUUGUGACCUCUGUCAGGAGCUCCCAGCUACAAGAUAACACUUCCAGUUUCCAGUUGUUAAACAAUGGGACCACUUAUUUUGAAAAUGGACAUCCUUCACAACCUGGUCCACCACAGUUGACAAGGGCAUCUGCAGAUGUUCUUUCAAAAUGUAAGAAGGCCUUAUCUGAACAUAAUGUCUUGGUUGUUGAAGGUGCUCGUAAAUAUGCCUGUAAGAUCUGCUGCAAGACUUUUUUGACCUUAACAGACUGUAAGAAGCACAUUCGUGUGCAUACAGGAGAAAAGCCUUAUGCUUGUUUAAAAUGUGGCAAACGGUUCAGCCAAUCCAGCCAUCUAUAUAAACAUUCCAAAACAACCUGUCUGAGGUGGCAGAGCAGCAAUCUACCUAGCACUUUGCUUUAAUCUCCCCCAAUCCCUAGCCCCAUGGGAAUACUAAUACAAACUAAUGUUCCUUUGUUCAGGGCUAAAUGUUAAGAAGCUGCCCUGGUAGAUUAGUAAAUGCUUGCAUGUGAUUGUGCUGCAUUCUCAAAAGUCUUGGUUCUGUAAAUUGGUGAUAAUGCCAUAUUUACCUUACAGGGGUGUAGCGAGACUUAAUUUUUUAUGAACUAUUUUAAGAUCUUCAGAAGGAGGCACUGUAGACAGUUAAAAGUUAUUGUUAAAUGCAUGCAGGUUUUGGGCUUACAGGGAUGUAAUCUCUAAAACCAAGUAGUUCCAUUAUAGGGCAGACAGGUGGGGGUUCAGUGAGAAUGUAGUUAACUCAUUAUGUUGGAGUACCAUAUUUCAAGAAUGAAAAACUGAAGGGCUAUUUCUUUUUUUUUGGGGGGGGGGAUUUGUAAAAUCCUGAAAACUUCUAAAUAAAAUAUCCAUAAGUUGGUAAGUAGUGUAUGAACAGUAACGCAAAGAAAUCUUUACAGUAACUAAUACAGAUUACAUAUUCUUAAAAGAAAACCAACUUUGGAUGCACCUGUCUGCCAUAAAAUGCUUUAAAAUGUUAAUCCUGAAGGUAGUUUUAGGGUUCUGAAUGCAUUUUUGGCUGUUUCACAGUGAAGGACCAUGCAUAAUGAAGAUACUUAAAAUAAGUCCACAACAAGUAACUUCUGGACUGUUAGAUGUGUAUAUAAAUACUUUGAAUAUAGCAAGAUCUAAUAAUUUCAGCAUUUUUUCUGUUUGAGUAAUAAGUGAAACACUGUUUCUUCUUUGUGCUAUUCUUAGCAAUAUUUUAAACAACUUAUGUUUCAUAUGUUUAAAUUUCAUAGACAUGGAAGCCUGAAAUGAGCUUGUCUAUAUCUACUUUGUUUUGUUUUAAAUGAGAAAUUAUUUGUGGUGGCUCUUUUUACUGGGUAAUGUAGUUUCUUAUUCCAGAUGCAGAUAGUCAAUCUGAUUCACAUUACUGUGCAAGCAUACUAUCAUUUCCUCAUUUCAUCUUCAGGCUUUAAUUUCUUCCUCCAUAUACUUGCUGUCCUUCUUAACUAUAGAUUGUUCCUCAGAUCACUGUCAGGAAUGAGCCUCACUUGCCAUAUUUAUGGAUGUCUCUGUAUAAAAUAUAGCUAUCAACACCAAUCCUUCAGUUUAGAGUAGUAUCAUAAAUGUACUUUUUCAAGUAAGUAAAAAUCUAGCAUUAAUUUCAUUAAAAAUAUAGCAUUCUACACUUUGUAAAGCAGAAGUUCAGUGAUCUGUAUUCUUCAGGUGAAUCACAUAGACUGUGUUUUAAUUUCCUCUUCUUAGAAAAAACUGUAACUAAUAAUGUUUGUAGAGUUUGUUUUGUGGUUUUUUUUUUUGUUUUGUUUUGUUACAGAUGGCCAUGAACUAACAACUGCCUUUUAAUAUAUUAGGUUUCUAAAUAAAUUUUGAAGUACUUAUGUUGUCCCAAAAGCAAGGUUCUUUACUCAGUUCAAGCAGCUGAAUAUACACACAGAGUCGAGAUAUUGUUUUAUUACGUAAUUGUACAAUGACAAGUGCUAGGUGAUAAAACCACAAAGCUAGCACACCUUCUUCACAGUACUUAAAUAAUUUAUACUGAUAGAGGGAACUAACAUUUUAAGGGUUAACUAAACAUAUAAUGGGUGCCUACUAACGAACUAACACUUUAAGGCUUAGCCGCACAGUAAGUGCUUAGUUUAGAGCUUUAUGUAAACUUAUGUUAAGAAGAACAGAACCCCAUCGAAUGCCAAGAUAAGAAGUUUUACUGCACCUAGCUGUAACCUUGAGGAGACAAGAUAACGAAGAUUUACAGCAAAAGGGGGCGUCAGUCUGGUUUCAGUCGACUUGGCAGCUUGGGUCCCAGUCAAUUCAACAUAAUGAGCCAAGGGUAAAAAGUUCACUGUGAUGAAGCUGAAGGAGCCUUCAUCCAAAGACCCCUCCUCAAAUUCACCAAGUGGCACUGCGCAGGUGCAACAAGGGAGGGUCUAUGGAAAUGGUUAUCUGAGACUCAUUUUAAUCAGAAGCGGGGAAAGGUUAUGAAUAUGUAUAGGUGUUCCUGGGGUUAUUAUGAAUAUGUAACACCUUACUGUAUUUAAACACACCUCUUAUUGUUAGAAGUUGCACAUGAAUGGCGGAACGAUCCCCCUUGCGCCCAACAUCAAAAUAAACAUACCUGCUUUAUAA